AUGGAUGAUAAAGCAUACGCUCUCCCUCCGAGGUCUCGAGUGCUUGUGACCGGAGCGAACGGCUACCUCGCUUCACAGAUAAUUGAUCUAUUGCUUAGUCGUGGGUAUCUUGUACGCGGGCAAGUGCGUCAACAUCGACAAUGGCUAGAUGAGCAUUUCAAGGGCAAGUAUGGCGAUCUCUUCGAGUCUGUCGUCCUAUCUGAAUUAGAUGAUCGCGAGGGCAUAGCUCCUUUGCUAAACGAUGUAGCCGGCGUGAUUUUGGUGGCAAUGGACAUGUCCUUUGAAGAUGACCCGACCAUCGUCGAGAAAACAGUGAAAAGAACUCUGACUUGGCUCGAAGUCGCUGCGGAAUCACCCCUAGUCAAACGUGUAGUACUGACGUCCUCUGCCUCUGCAUAUUCAUUCAACGAUGCGGCUGUUGCUGCUGUCCAGAACAACACACCUGAGAUCCCAGAAGAAGCAGUGAAAUGGGUGGAGAAUCACAAGCCCUCUUUUGUUCUUAAUAGGGUUGUGCCUUAUUGGUGUCUCGGCCCUCGCGUUCACCCCGAGGCUGGUGGACCGAUGGGAAGUAUGGGCAUGACAAGUGCACUUGUGAAGGGUUACGGGGACUUCAUGUAUAUGUUCCCACCCAUGUGGUACGUGAGUGUCAAAGAUGCAGCAUAUCUCCACAUUGCCGCUCUUCUUCAUCCAGACAUAAAGUCGGAACGCAUUUUUGCUAUGGCAGCACCAUUCAACUGGACUGAAGUUGUGGAGAUCAUUCGCAAAAUUCAACCGGAUAACCAUAAGAUUCCCAGUCCACCAGCCGACGAAGGCCGCUGUCUGCACGAGUUUGUGGAGGCCGGCAGGGGAGAGAAGCUUUUACAAGGGUUUUGUGGACAGCCUGGCUGGACGUCGUUAGAGGAUUGCCUCGUUGCUGGCUUGCCAACAUACGAGUGA